AUGAGCGAACAGUCAGCGCACCGUCAAAUUGCCCCGGGACCUUCUUUGAAAUCUGAAUUGCCCCCGGGUGAUAGUCCGCCUGGAGAAAACUACCGGACCACACCGAUGGACCCCUCAAAGAAGCGGGUGUCCAUGGCCUGUUUGGCUUGUAAGAAGUCCAAGCGGAAAUGCUCCGGGGUACCUCCGUGUGACAAUUGUCGAGCCUUCAAUCGACAGUGCAUCUUCGAUGAAACCCUAGAUCAACGCCGGCGAGUAGCCGCUAAACGUACCGCAGAUGAGCUCAGCUAUCACCGAGACAUGCUCAAUGACCUCUUGAGGGUGAUGCGAGCGGAUGAUCAAUCGUUUGGCCUCAGGCUGUUGGACAUUAUUCGAAGGGAUGCCACCGCGGAGGAGAUGCGUGGAUUUAUCGACGAGGCGCUGGCCCAGAUGGAGGGUACCGACAGUGCGGACGAGGUCACUGUCCGCAAGUUGGAGGAUGUUCGACGGGUUAUCAAUGCUGAGGGGGCCGGGCCGUCCUUUCGUCCAAAGGUCAUGGACAUUCAUUACUUAUGCGAUGAGGUGCCCUUCCGAGUUCCCGCCAAGCCAUGGACUACAGUUACUGAGGAUGCAGAUCUUGUAUCGCACUUAAUAUCCCUGUACUUCACCUGGGACUUCCCGUUUCAUGCCUUUCUCGAUCGUGAUGUGUUCCUACGAGACAUGGCCAGGGGCGACCUCAACUCGGAGUGUUGUAGUCCAUUUCUGGUCAACGCACUUCUUGCAAAUGCAUGUCAUUUUUCGGAUUACUCAGAGGCAUACGUGGAUCCGGGCGAUAUCGUAACUAAGGGCGCUGAUUUUCUCGCCGAGGCCGAACGGCUAAGAGACGAGGAGCCCGCAAAGCUGAGUCUGGCAUUCCUACAAGGUACCCUUCUGUUAUAUGAAAGGUAUUCCAUAUCAGGAAACAAUGACCUGGGCUAUAAAAUGCUCCAUCAAGCAAUAUGGACGGGCGAGUCGCUAGGCUUAAUUGGCCCUAAAGUCUUCAAGUUCAGCUCUGGACAGCUCACGGAUGAUAUGGAUGUUUCUAUCAAGCGGACCGCCUGGGGCUUGUUCCAUAUAGAUACUGUCGUCCACACCGACUUCUUAAGGCCAAGUCUCAUUGACAAAGUCAACUUGGAUCGGCCUGACAGAGCUCGAAUGGAUGAGAUGGCUCUGUGGGUUCCGUAUCCUUCCCAUCGCGCUCCGCGGCCGUCCCUUCUUAGUCAGUACUUUGACGAGUCAUGCAACCUGUGUGAGAUUGCCCGUGAUAUCUCACAGCAACUGCUUCGACGAUGGCACCAGGGGUUACCGGAUACUUUCAACCCAGAUCACAAACCACCACCAUAUAUUAUAUUACUAAGGAUGAGGUAUCAUACUUUGACCAUCAAUCUAUUUUCUUGGAGGCCCGAGGAUGAUGUGUCAAGUGUUGAUUCCGAGGCUCCCAAAACGCCCGAGAGCCCACCCGGGCUUAGCCCACCACGUUCGAAAUUCGAUGCUCUCGAGAAUAUCCUAUCUUCGGCGCGUGCAAUUUCCGCGUUGACACGUCUCUAUCGGCGGGAAUAUGGCAUGAGUCGUGCACACCACUUUGCGCUGUAUGCCAUAAAUCUGGCUCUAUUCACGAUGCUGGAUCAUGCCAAUUUUGACAUUUUGGAUCAAGACUUCCUAUCACUGACGAGCGCCUUCAUAAGCUUAGCCAGCCGUUCUCAGCUUGGGAGGAAUCUCUUCCAUCUGUUCCGACAGUCUGUUCUGACCAAAGGCCAGGGGAAGCGAGCAUCAAGCUCGAGUACUGUUAAUGAUGAACUGAAGGCUCUAUUCACUGAAGAUAUCUCAUCACCGUCUCGAUGGGAUGGUUACGCCAAGGGAUUGGAGAAGCUGAAUGAGGACGAACGGUACCAUGGCAUCCCGGGAGAGGGAGAUCACACACUCUUCGACAUGCUCGAUUGUUAUGAGAGUCUGAGCUUAGGGAAGGAUGAAGUAGCUCCGGAGAGGUACCGACCAGAGGCACGAUAG